AUGUCAGCAACUCAAGUCCCACUCCGGUUUUUGGGUAAAGAAGGCCCAAGAGUCCCAGCUCUUGGGUUUGGUCUGAUGGAGCUAUCAUAUGCCAGCUAUGGGACAACCCCCAGCGAGGACGAUCAAUUCGCCCUUCUUGACCGUGCUCUGGAACUAGGGGCGACAUUCUGGGACACUUCUGAUCUCUACGGCAAUAAUGAGGAGAUCCUGGGCAAGUGGUUCAAGCGGACGGCGAAGCGCGACGAGAUCUUCCUCGCAACCAAGUUCGGCUUCGUACCAGGCAGCAAGACCUAUGCCGCUGACAGCUCUGCGGCCUACUGCAAACAGGCGUGCGACGCUAGCCUCAAACGUCUUGGAGUUGACUCCAUCGACCUGUACUACAUGCACAUGGCUAACCCCGAGACACCAAUCGAGGAGACAAUGCGAGCACUGGCGGAGCUAAAGGCGUAA